UUUCUUCAAUGUUCCUUUAGGGGCUCUGUAUAUUUGUGUUUUACUGUACGUAUGUGUGUAAAACAAAAAUCUGCACCUAAUAACAUUUCAUUUCGGAUAUGUUCCUCGGUAGGUAGAGAAAUCAGUGACGAGGGCAAUGUUAAGGGCUCCAUUACAAACAGUCAGUGAGAAAAAAAAAUGAAGUAAAGAGUAGUACAGGACAAGAAGUUUCCUCUGACUACACAGGACAACAUACCAGUGAGGACAGGGACCAGUCACAGGGCAAAACAGAAAUCCAUCAAAACCAGCCACUGUCAGAACAGCAGACAGGAAACGAGGACAGAACAGAGGACACAGAUGAUGGAACAGAGAACAGAACAGAGGACCUCGACCUCGACAGCUGCAUUUCGCAAAGCAAGAAAAACAAGGAUGGAGAAAGUCAAUAUGUAUCAGAAGCUGAGGAAAUGAUCACUGAUAAAAGUAACAGCAUUGUUGGAACGUCACCUUUCACACAUACUUUUCAAGUGAUACGAGACCAAGCAGAGUGUGACUUUCUGUCUGAUGAUUCAGCCAACACUACAAACCAUUACUUUUGUCCUGGUAUAAUUGAUGUUCUGCUGAAAAACUACAUGGGGAUCAUCCCACUGUGGAGUGGUUUGUUGCUUGGAGAUCUGACACGACAUGAGACACCAACAACCGGUGAAACAAACAAAACUUGCAAAACCAGAGAAACAAACUGACAUGUGGAGCUAUGGUUUGGUUUGGUGAAUCGAAACAUCCUGGGAAAGAAGAAGUACCUCAGACCGGCAGAGUUCAUCUCCAAAAUGUUUUCCUCUUUACAAGGACGACAUGUAGAGCACAUUAUGCAGCAUGAUCUUCCAAUGAAAGUUCUUGACAAAGCCUUCACAGUUUCUAACAAACCUGUAGAUGAUCAUGAAGAGAAAUGGAAGAAGAGGGAAAGUUCUGCUGGUCAAUCUAAGUCCAAGUCCAAGUACUUCAAUCCCCCGAAGAGAAUACAAAAUCCUAAACCUUCACAACACACUAAAGCAAAGAUCAAAGGAGCAGAUGCCGAUCAGCAUAAUAAAGAAUCACAGUUAACUCAGCUUUGGAAAAAGAGGGAUACAGAAGUUGUUGUUGCAGUUGUCCCUUCACAAAUUAGGGGUCGGAGCUUUGUCAUCCACCAUUCAGAGCUGUGCUCUCUUCGUCCACAUCAGUGGUUGAAUGGGGAGGUGAACUUUGACAACUAUGAAGCAGUUCUAUCUUUUGUGCUGGUGAACAACAACCACUGGAAGUUGCUGUACAUCAGUACAAAUGCCAGCACAGUAUUCCUAAUGGAUCCUGCACAACUAUCAUCAGAGCUCGAGGACUCCAAAAAUGCAGCUAAAAGAAUACAGGAAUACUUCAAGAUGAGAAGGACAUGCCACGGCAAAACAGAUUGGGUUGGGAUCCGAUGGAAAGGGGGGGCUAUGAGACACCCCAUUCAACAAGAUGGAAGCAGCUGUGGAGUCAUUGUAGUGAAAGUACAUUGAGGAGUUAAUGUUUUGUUUUGUGCAAGUAUGGAAGGUGUGAACGUGAAAAUAACAUUAUCAUAGGGAAAUGUAAAUUACAAUCAAAUAACAGUUUGUCUGGCUAGACUGCACACACAUUUGUGGCCUGCUGGAGGUCAUUUUUCAGAACUCUGGCUGUGCUCCUCCUGUU